AUGUCAUCACGGCGAAACAAGGCGACGAGUACUAUGUUCAAGCUUACGAUUUUGUUCUGGCUGCUGGUGAAGCUGCGUCAAUGCAUUUUUGAUUGCUGCGUUCAAGACAUCGCAAGCAAUUUUAUCGUCGUGCGGUUACCUCGCGAUGAUUUCGUCCUUAAUAGCACUGACGAAGAUCUUGUUGUCGAAGUUUUCGACAUGUCACAAAGUCCAAUAACGAGUGGGCCACAGAGAGACUCGUUGAGCGCCAAUAAGUCGAAGUUUGGGACUUGCUGGUGGCUCAAAAACACGACGUACAACUUUGAAAAAAUCGUUUACUAA